UUUUUUUUUUUUUUUUGCUCGAGGGGUGACGCGCGCAGCCACUCCCGUCCUGCAUCUCACGUGUGCGCUCCCACUCUGUUCGUCAUUCCGGCCAGUCAGCUCGCCGGCUGCAGGUUUUUCCAGCUGCUCUCACACGCCGGCACUCGUUCUGCGAAAGAUUUCGACGCCCGUACUAGACUGUCUCGUUCGAAUCUCGGUUGUUGGGAUCGACCAGCUCGUCAGCUACGGGCCUUUACGGGCCGCCAAAGAACCCAUCAGGUAAUCCGCUUAGAAUUCCGCCGGGCCCUAGAAGAACCAGAGCCUGUCGCGUCGACCCCGACGUCGGACAGCGGACACAAAACUUUGACACACGAGCUCAGCAGUCGACCAGGCCCACGUUGCAGGGCGCGGGCAACACUGUCAUAUGUUUCUACUAAGAGAUUCCGUCGCUAUCUGGCCUUUGCGAAAAGGUUUGAAGAUUUUUGAACAACUGAGGGCCCCUCGGGUUGUCGCAUCUCGUGGUGCGACUCUUCAUCAGCUGAACAUCACGUCUUAAAUUUUCUUUUGCUUUUUUGGGCUUCGCGUACUCCGUUCUAUCCACGUUCAUGUGAAGCGGAUGGUCUGUUCUCUCGACUGAUUAAAGAAGCCCACCCCUGGCGCCGAGGAUUGCUCUUAGCCUUGGUCUAUUCUAAGCAGCCUGUGGCCGACAGUUGGACGGAUGCUCACACACGUCGAGAAGACACACGACCAAUUUAAAGUUGCACAAGGAAGAUGCCCGUUGUCAACUGAUACUCCUUUAUGCGUGGCUGUCUUCGAUAUUCGAGAACGCGUCGCCCAUUGACGAAGCAGCACUGACGUAGCCUGUUACCAACUUUGUACUCCUUACACCACGCUACCAUACGUGUCUGGGUCUGCCAACAUAGCCACCUAGUCUCGCUCCCGCCGAGCCCCUUCGAAUCCCGCGCUUCCUUCCCCACAGCAAGCCUGCAUAAGAGAAGACUGCUGAGACAAAGAUAAGGUGCACUUCGAGAAACGGGUUGUACCGUGGCGGAUCUCGGGGCCUCAUCGUUUCGAUCAGUCCUGUUCUAUAUCAGGCCCCCUUUUAAAACUUGCGUGGUGAUUUUGGCUUUCGCUCUGCAGGAGACCUUCUACGUAUAGGAACGAUAGACAGCGUAGUAGCGCGGAUUGCUGUUUCACUUUUUUUUCCUCUGCGGAGUCCGGACUGUUGAGGCAGUACAAGCAAGACUCUUUGGGAGGGGGGAAACAGAAGAUAUCUAUCGCUUUGCACGAAAUAUCAUUCAACCGUGGCCCAUUAGAACACUUCAAUCUUCGAACGCUGCCGCUAAUGCGAGAUAGGUGAACGCGUGAGUUAAAAAAAAAAAUGGUCGGUCCAGCUUCUGGACAGCGUUUCUUUACGGUGUCUCGCUCUGUUGUGUUCGCGGCCUCUGUUUCGACUCAUCCAGUCUUUCCUCCGACCAUUCCUGCGGACUGAAUACUUGAACCCUUGCUCGACUUUUGAUUCCGCAACCGAAUACAAAAGGCAGCCGAUUAUUGAUUGAAAUAGUCAAUCAAGUUGGCGAAAAUUUAGACGCAACGCGUAGGGUCAACCCACUAUAGUUUUCACUCUGUUCAACUUCGAGAUAUUUCCAAAAUCAUAUCGCGGCCUGUGCAAUGUACUACCCUGAUCCGUGGUCUUUGGGAUGCGGAGCGUGCAAUAUGUGCUUACUCAUCGUGCGUUCUUGAUAAAAAGGAGGGGUUGAUCUCUGUCAUGCUCACUUCGAAGUCUUAGUCGCUAGUUCCUCACCGUUCAUAAUACCAAAAAAAAAUUUUUUUAUCACAGAGGUUGCGAACACAUUCCAUGCAAAGUAUUUUCAAACCGUGACCGGAACUUUAAGUCAGUCGGAUACAUUGCAACACCGUGUCGUCAUCACGAAAACACACAUCACUUCUCGUAUCCUGCGUUUUGUAGCGCAAACAUCACCUGCAUUACCAAUCAUAAUGAAGCAGUACGAUGCUAUACUUCUCGGCUCGGGGCAGGGUAGUACACCAUUAGCCAGCUCGCUUGCGAAUGCAGGUUAUAAAACUCUGAUGAUCGAAAUGGCACACCUUGGGGGAACUUGUGUCAACGAAGGAUGUACACCAACAAAAACAAUGGUUACCUCCGGUCGCGUCGCGUACCUUGCGCGUCGUGCUGCUGAUUAUGGGAUUCGAGCCAAAGUUGAAAGCAUAGACAUGAGCAGAAUUCGCCAGCGAAAGCGCGACAUCGUCGAUUCGUUCAGGGGCGGGAGCGAACGGCGAAUGACGGGCGUGGAGAAUCUAGAGGUCAUGAAAGGCGAAGGCAUCUUCACGGGGAUCAAGGAGCUCAAGGUCGUCCUGACCGAUGGGCGUGGCGAGGAGCGGGUCAAGGCUGAUAAAUGGGUGUUCAUCAGCGUCGGCGAGAGACCUGCCGUUCCAAAGCUGGACGGCUUGGCCGAGACGACGAAGUCGAUGCCGAACAGAGUAUUGAAUUCGACGUCGAUAAUGGAGCUGGACGAGGUGCCAGAGAGCUUGAUCGUGCUCGGCGGCGGGUACGUCGGCCUGGAGUUUGCUCAGCUCUUCGCCAGGCUCGGGGCCGAGGUUCACAUCGUUCAGCGGGCGAAACAGAUUCUUCCUAGGGAAGACCCAGAGGUGGUUGAGGUUCUGCAGGGUCUUCUAAGAGACGAAGGCCUCCACGUACAUUUGAGCACCGAAGCAGUGUCGGUAGCCCAAGGAGAGGGCGCGAGACCUAUCAGCCUGAAGAUCAGGUCAGGCACAAGCGGAACGACCGACGACGUCAGAGGCUCGCACCUUCUCCUGGCUGCAGGUCGAGUCCCCAACACGGACAACCUCAAUCUUGAAUCUACGGGCGUGCAUACCGAUCGGCGUGGCUAUAUCAUCACCGAUGAGGCUCUUGAGACCAGUGCUCCCGGCAUCUACGCCAUGGGCGACUGUAAAGGUCCUCCAGCAUUCACGCACAUCUCUUAUGACGACUUCCGCAUCCUCAGAGACAAUUUGGGACUCCAGUCCAAUUCGCCCUUGAACCCCUUGGACAGACCCUCGAUCCCAAACACAACCACGAGGCGCAAGCCCUUUGUCCCGUACUGUUGCUUCACCGAUCCUCAGCUUGCCCACGUCGGCUUGCAUCUUCACGAGAUCCCUGCCGGCUCGAGAAAGAGUAUCAAAGUGGCAUCUUGGCCCAUGAGCUGGGUCGCUCGGGGUCUAGAAACAGACGAGCCAAGGGGACUGAUGAAGGUCGUCGUCAAUGCGGAAACGGGCCAGAUCCUCGGCUUUACCUGCUUGAGUCCGGAAGGGGGGGAGAUGAUGACCGUGGUGCAGAUGGCGAUGAUGGGUGGCUUGAAAUGGUGGGAUCUGCGGGAAGCAGUGUUCGCACACCCGUUGUGGUCCGAGGCGUUGAAUAACAUUUGGGGUGCGUUGAAGGAUGCCCCAGGCGAGUAGAACGGUAUUCAAGGACGAAGACCCCGAAGUAGCGUCGUAUACAGCGUCAAGAGCACGGUGAACGAAGAUUUCGCUUCUUCAAGUCGCACUACGCAAGCUUCAAAUAGUGUAGACUCGCAAGGAUCAGAAAUAACAUGAAG